AUGGAGAAUCCCGAUCACACCUCUCAUCAGAGAUUCACCUUCUUGAACUAUAACACACCUACCCACAGUGCUUCACACCGUCGAGCGGUGAAGUCGCAUAUCUCCAGCAAGUAUAGAGCUGCGAUUCGCCAGAAGACGCAUUCCCGGUAUGCCUUGCCUCACCACGACGAGGGCUCCGAAGGCUUAUCGAGCAUUACGCAGGAGGAUAGAACUCAGAAAGACGAGCAGAGACGGAAGGUAAAGACAUACUCGGAGUCACCAUCAACACUACCGGGUCUUUCGUGGCACUCCGCGCCUUUCCCCCUGAACAUCGGUUUCAGCGGUACCCGGGUCGAUCCUUUCAGCUCUCUUCCCGGUCAACAGACACCAUGUGUGGUGGGUGCUCUCGACUAUUACACCAACGUGCUCGCACCUCUCCAUCAACCGAUGUUGGUAGUGGUUAAUCAGGUCAAUCCUACGAUGAGUUGGGCCUUGCCUGUUAUCCUCUCUCACGACAGCGCCUUUCAUGGGGCUAUCGCACUGUCUCAAGCGUAUCUCGAAAAACACCAGAAUCUCACCACGAAACCGUCUCAAGAAGUAAGGUUUCAUCGACAUAAGGCUGUUUCAAUACUUCGUAAUCGUCUGGCCGAUCUUGAAGGUCCUCCUGACGAUGGCACCCUUGUGGCUGUCCUUGCACUGGCAAUACUUGACGUCAUGUAUAAAGAAGAUGAUAUGUCAAAUCGCAAAGGCCUAGCUCUCAUGGUCGCCAUGAAAGGUGGGCUUGACAAUCUUGGAAAGCGUGGACUGGUCAAAGCGUAUCUCAUCCAGUUCGACUACUUCUGGACGCUCGAGACCGGCACCGAAAGCAUUUUUCCCCUCGCCAAGCGCAAAAAGCAGCGAAUCUACCCUCACUUCCCAUUCCAGGAUAACGUUCUUUCCAUGAUUGCAACCCUUCCGCCAGGGUUUGCGGCCAUAGCGCGUCGGGGAAGUCUGGGUAUCGAUGUCCUCCAGGUCCUAUCCAGAGUGAGCAGAUUUAUGCGCUCGCAGGCCUCACCAUCGGGACUAGCAACGGAGAAGGAUCCGAUACCGGGAGAUCAAGACUAUCCGGAUAUCUUCGACGCAUGCUCUUGCCUUCAAUCGGCAGCAGCCACCGAACAUAGUUUGGAGAAGAACAUAUGCCUUGCAAUUAUCCUCUACAGUUUCAAUAUGGACAGUCAGGGUGACUCUCAUACCAAACUCGCUUCAUACCGUGGCUCACGCCAGGAGCUAACCAGGUCACUUCCUUUCACCCGAGGUUGGACUCCCGAAGAAAGACAAUGUCUAAUAUGGAUCUGGAUGAUUGUGAUUACCUCCUGGAGAACUGACCAUGCUCUGUCGGGUGAAGGCUUGUGGUUAAGCCACAGCUUCUUCUCAAAGAUUGAGGAUGCUCGCUCAUGGGAGUCUGUAGAAACUGCUAUGCGUCAAUUUUUCUGGUCUGAACCAUUGAGCGAAGUCUGGAAGACGAGCUGGAGGGAAGCAUUCAAUCACCACGAUAGGAUUGACCCUUUAGAUUCCAGAUCCCCAUCGGAAAGCCCACCUCUGGAAAGUGGCAAUCUCCCAAUGAUGAGCUCGCCGAGCACAUAUCAGUGGAUACAAGACUCAACAACCCUGUCAACCCGUUGCAGAGGCACUGGAGGCGACAGUCUGUCUACGCAUCUGCAAAUACCGGGGAUCAGACAUGGAAUACAAGAACAUGUUGCAAUCAAGUCGGAGAAGACUGCUCUCAGCUCUCCACAUGCCAUCAAACUACCGCGAAUGUUGACCCUGGAUACCUAUCUUGGCCAGAUACAGUGA